AUGCUCACGUAUAGCCGAGGCUUGUGGCAGAAGUUGGCGGAACAGGUGCAUUAUGAAGAGGGUGCAGACGAAGCCGAGAAAGAUGGUAUGCUGUAUUUCUUCCACCGACACGGAUAUGAAGCUCGUAGAAGGACACUGGCACGGUCUUUCUUGGCAAAGCGGCUUUGUCUCAACAUUUUCUUCACGGUCCUUACUUCGAAGGAGGUGCGGCUUGCCUUCACGGCGUUGGUUAGGGAUGGCGUGCAUGAUGUGCAGCCUGACGCCACCAACAAGUUGGGCCAACUGUACACCAUACAUGGAGUGCUGCGGACCGGCGACGACGUGCCACUACUCUAUGCGGUCACUACAAGGAACCUGUGGAACAAGUGGGACCUUCACGAUCUACGGACCAGCAACAUCGCCGAAUCGUACCACAACGCUUUGAAAGGAUUGCUGAACAAAGUGAAGUAUCCUCGCAUGAGCGACUUACUCAUCGCUCUCCGAGGCUACGUCACAACAUCACGAGGAAAUUUAUUAGACAUCGAAUAG